AUGCAGACAGCGCAGCUGGCCCUGCUUUCCUUCACUUUCACCUUCUUUUGCCUUUUCCUUCUUUCAGUUCCCACCGUCUUGGCCGUGCCUUUUGAGACCCCUCGUCUCCUACAUCCGAAACGAACAGAACAUGGUGUACAUCUACCUUUAUUCCGGACCGAGAAACGACAUAAUUUGCAGCGGAGGGAGGGGUUGACUGGAGCGGCGGGGCUGGGCAACUUUUUCGAUGUGACCUACAGUGUUCUAGUGAAAGUUGGAGGGAUGGAGACGCCACUUGUCCUUGACACUGGCUCUUCCGACUUAUGGGUCGCCAGCGACGCUUGCACAAACUGCGAACGUGGAGUGGUGCCUCUUUUCCCACAAUCAACCGUAACCAAGACUGGGAUGAACGUUGACCUUCUCUACGGUGAUUCUUUGACCGGCACACAUGCUGCGGGGAUUAUUGGUUCAGACACAAUCGUUUUUGGAGGCAUCUCUAUCCCAAACCAGUUCUUUGCUGCUAUCAACGACACUACUACUACGGUCAUUGAAAACAAAUGCGCCGGCCUCUUUGGACUCGGUUUCGCUUUGAACAGUGUUAUCUGGAACCAGAUCUUUGCUGCACAGUUCACUAGAUCGCGGUCAAGUCGUCGGGACGUAAUCUCUCGCCAACACACUCCUUCAAACUAUGGCACGAGAUUUUUCCCUCACCUCAGCCAGCUUGUUAGUGGUACUCAGAAACGAGCUUCUGCUACUGACUUGACUGCUGCCGCCUUUAAAUCAUACUUGAAAGAGGGCCCCGCGUUCCCCCGUAUGGUUGCUGCUAAAUCCCUUCAACUACCGAUGUUUAGCAUUGCUCUCCAACGCAACACACUCGAUAUCGGAGGAAAUGCAGGUGUCCUUACUAUGGGCGAAUUACCAUCUGGAGUUCAGUCUUCAUCACUGACAUGGAAUCACAUCCGUGGCUAUCCUGGCGUGUUGGAGGCCCCGCCAGACUCGCCAAAUGAGGUGUACCCUCUCGCUUGGGAGCUAUUCAUAGAUGAUGUCUACCUGGACGGUGUCGUUCUGCCGCGUUCAAAUCUGAGUUCUUCGAGUAUCAGACUCUCGGCCCUCAUUGACACAGGAAACUCCCUUAUACGCGGUCCUGCUGAUGUGCUGAGCGUGAUGAAUCGACGCCUUGGUGGCCAGACCUUUGCUUGCUCGACUCCUCACACGCUUGCUUUCAAGAUUGCUGGAAAGAUGUUUCCCGUAGACCCGCGUGACUUUGCGGCGCAGGCUAAUGAGGGCGAGAUGCGGAAUUGCAUUGCGAAUGUCUUUCGAACAGACCCGCCGGAGGAUGGGCGAGGAUAUCAGCAUAGCUGGAGCUUGGGCGACCCUUUCCUCAGAAGCGUCCUCUCAGCGUAUUAUUUCGGGAACCUCACUCACCCGUCCCGCGAUCCACCACUUAUUGGCCUGCUUUCUACCGUCCCACCUGAUGCUGGGGAUCUGUAUCGAAAAGCUGUUGCUAAUGCGAUCAACAACAAUAAAGGAAACCCAGUCUCGACUUUCGAGCCAGCACCAACGGGUGUACCCAAGUUCUCGACGACAGGCGUGCCUGUUGCCCGCCCCGCGGGGAAACUGGGUGGGAGCCCGAGUCCCACGAAAUACAUCGGUUUGGCGCUGCUGGUGUUGAAUAUCGGGUCAUUACCGGGGGUCUGGCAUGUUCGAGUCUUUGCCGUGUUGAUCGAGGCGCGUCUGGAGCAAGGCUGGCAUAUCCUUACACAUUUCUACCUCAACCGUGAAGCCAAGCGACGUGCGUGGCACAAAUGGUUCGAAGACCGCCAACCGGUUGGGCUCCAUCCCUUCAAGAAGGUGUUUGCGUAUAGGAAGUUCGUUAGUUUUGACGAUGCAGACUUUUAUUUGCACCAGAGUAACUCCUCGUAUCCUCGUGCACUCGACUCUGUGCGAUUUAGAUUGGCAUUGAGCACUUUCCCCAACUUGUUCCGAGCAGGAGGCUUUAGUCCGCUGGCUGCAACCCAUUUCCACUUCAUACGGGAGAUUCCGAUGCUGUCUACCUACGAAAUGUAUAUGGUGUGCCGCUUUGUGAAGCCCGCAUCUGCCAAAUCAAGAGCAAACCUCAAGCGGUCUCGGUCGCCUGCUAUUGAGAGUGGUGCAACCCCACCACUCGAAGAGAGUUUUGUGCCAAAUAUCACAGCGCCGGCGACUCCAUUGACUGGAGAAGUCACACCCGCCGCGCUCAAGCAGCUAAAACAAGGGGCCGAGCCAGAUGCAGUCUCUCGGGCCUUGUUAGCACGUGCAGCCCAACAGAAGGAGUCAGAUGGGUCGCUUUUGUACACGGUCUCGGUUUCCCAGCUCUGCUACAAAGUUGGUCGUAUCACUGUCCCGCCCGCCGUCAUUCUCGCUACCAAUGGCUGGUACGCUGCCCCCGACGGUGCAACCGCCAAUGGCCCACCGCCGUAUUGGGCCAAGGUAUCAGAAAUGACUGCCCCAGACAAGAUGCGUGAACUAGGCGCCUUCUAUCGAGGGGGGUGGAAAGACGUGCCUGCUGGAGAACGAUUUUGGGAGGAAGCUUUCAAGGCGUGUGACGAGGAGCGGAUAACGCGCCUAUUGCCUUUUGGAUCUGCAGGCUUAAGUGGUGGUCUUGCUGGUGCGAGAGGGAUAUCACCUUAG